AAAUUCGAAGGUUGGACACGCCACUGAAUUGUCAACAACUCUCUUUGCUGGAUACAGUUUACUGUUAGCUUCAACAGAUCCUCUCUAUAGUUUCGUUACCGACUUACCGUUACUUCUCUCGUGAAAGAAAGAGCCCUGUACAACCUUCUCGACUAUCAUGACGAAAAAGUACGUCGACGCCGAUCCGUACCGGUGGCCUUACAAUGGCGAUCUGAGACCAGAAAACACUUGUAUUAUCGUAAUUGACAUGCAGGUCGACUUUUGUUCCAAGGGCGGCUACGUCGACACAAUGGGUUACGAUAUCAGCCUCACACGAGCUCCCAUAGAACCCAUCCAAAAGGUCCUGUCCUGUAUGCGAGACCAAGGCUACCAUAUCAUCCAUACUCGGGAAGGACAUCGUCCCGACCUCGCUGAUUGUCCGCCCAACAAGCGCUGGCGCUCGGCACAGAUUGGUGCCGAGAUCGGCAGUGCCGGUCCCUGCGGACGUAUUCUGGUACGGGGCGAGCCGGGGUGGGAACUCAUUCCCGAACUGCAACCACUCGACGGCGAGAUUAUCAUUGACAAGCCCGGCAAAGGAAGUUUUGUGGGCACCAACCUGGACCUUAUUCUCCGCUCCCAAGGGAUUGUUAACAUCAUCCUAGCGGGCGUUACCACGGACGUCUGCGUGCACACAACGAUGCGCAACGGCAACGAUAUGGGCUAUGAGUGCUUACUGUUGGAGGACUGUUGCGCGGCGACGGAUCCAGACAAUCACGCUGCCGCAAUCAGUAUGGUGAAAAAACAAGGCGGUGUCUUUGGUUCGUGCACAACCAGCGACAGGCUCGUAGCCGCACUUUCGCCGUCCGAGUGACCGCUGCGACUAGCGACCAUAGCGAGUUCCAGUCUGGUUGAGCGCGGAAAGUGUGAAGUAUCGAGUGCGCACUUUUUCUACUAACUUUUUGUUUGUUGAUCAUGCCGUCUUCUCGGCAAGCCGGAUAUAUUUGGAUGUAGCUGGGUGAUAGAUGCGGCCAUCAUUAGUUCCAGUCUGUUCAAUGUAAACACUGAAAGAGUAGAG